AACCAUUCUAUUCUUCGGAAACGUCAAACAUGACAGACGCAAAAGAAAAAGCGUUAAAUGUCCUUGCGAACGUCUUCAAACAUGCAAAAUUUCGAUCAGAUCUUCAAGAAAAAGCAAUACUCAAAGUAGUUGAGGGUAAAGAGGAUGUAUUCAUCUGCAUGCCAACUGGGGCAGGAAAAUCCUUGUGCUACCAACUUCCAGCACUCAUGGCAUCUGGACUGACAUUUGUAGUGUCCCCUCUUAUUGCUCUCAUGCAAGACCAGUUAAAACAUCUGUCCCAGCUUGGAAUUCGUUCUGAAACAAUAAACUCCAAAAUGUCUGCAAGUGAACGUAAUAAGGUUCUUAAAGAUUUGAAUAGAGAUCUUCCGAAGACUAAACUACUUUACAUAACCCCUGAACAAGCAGAUACGGACAGCUUCAAAUCACUGGCAGAGUCACUUAUGCAAAGAAAACUUGUAAAGUAUUUUGUGAUUGAUGAAGCCCAUUGUGUGUCUCAGUGGGGUCACGACUUUCGACCUACCUAUCUCCGCCUUGGUUAUUUUCGGACUAAAUAUUUAAAAGGUAUUCCUUGUAUAGCAUUAACAGCCACGGCUCCAAACCAAGUUCUUGAUGACAUAAUUAAGCAGCUUAAACUGAAGGAACCCAUAGCAAAAUUCAGACAAAGUGUGUUCAGGCCAAACUUGUAUUAUGAAGUCUGUGUCAAGGAUACAAUUGGUGACGCGUUUGACCACCUGAAAAAGUUUGCUUUGAAAGCUUUAGGAGGUACAGACUUUGAGGAUACAGAAAACUGGUCAGAGCAUGGUUGUGGGAUUGUUUAUUGUCGCACACGAGAUGGCUGUGAAGAGGUGGCAGGUCACCUGACGAGACGAGGAAUUCCUGCACGACCCUACCAUGCUGGGCUCAAGUCAGCAGACAGAGAGGCCAAUCAGACUGAAUGGAUGGAAGGACGUUUUCCAAUCAUUUGUGCCACAAUCAGCUUUGGCAUGGGAGUGGAUAAAGCAAAUGUCAGGUUUGUAGCCCACUGGAAUCUGCCCAAGUCCAUGGCAGGCUACUACCAGGAGUCAGGUCGGGCAGGUCGAGAUGGUCUCCGCUCAUACUGCCGGCUCUACUACUCGCGAGAGGACCGUAACACAGUGGGCUUCCUUAUCAACAAUGAGGCCAAGAGGAGCAAGAAGAAAGACAAGGAUGCAGUUAAACUACAACUUAAGGCUGCAAUGAAAAACUUUGAAGCCAUGGUAACAUUCUGCGAAGAAAUCAAAUGCCGCCACUGGAGCAUAGCUCAAUUCUUUGGUGAUGAAAAACCUGCGUGUGGUGGUUCCUGCGAUGCCUGUAAGGACCCGAAGGGAGUUGAGAAGAACCUGCUGGAGCUGCAGAGGGGCAUGUUUGCGUCAGUCAACCAGCGCAAGGGUCCAGGGACCAUGUACUAUGUGGAUGAAGAUGUGUCAGGGGAUAUGUAUGGCGGAGGUCGAAAAGGGGCAAAAAUAGAUACAGAGGACUAUGAUGACCGGUAUGCAAGUGGUGACGAGGAUUAUAACUCCAGAGAGGCCCAGGAAUCACGAGAGAAAAAAGAGCGCACAUCUUUCAUAAUGAACCAGUUCAAAAAGAGGAAAGGAGAAGGAGAGAGCUCCAAAGCAGAAGAGUUUGUACCUCCCAGUGAAGAUUGUCCUCUGAGGGAAGCAGCCAGUCAACGGAUACCAAAGCUCACUGUAGUGGCAAGAGAACACUGCAUGAGCCUUAUAGAGAAUGCCUUAGUCUCUAACUAUGUGCAGUACUACCGGGAUGUACCAGAAAAACUGGAGGCCCAAGACUAUGUGCCGCGAUGCACUGCCAUUGACUUGGAGUUGGAAGUCUUCAAAGCUAACAGACUCCACAAUAUAUACAAGACCUCAAUUAUGCGAAAAGUGACAGAGAUCAAGAAAUCAACAGCCUUAAAGCAGCUGCACAGCUCAAUGGCACCAAUAGCACACACACCUGUGACCUUGGACUCGGAAUCGAAAGAUGAAGUAUUGAACUGUGAUAAAACUUGUACAGCUGCAACAGAGGCAAGUGAUUCUGCAGAUGAGCCAGCGCCUAGCAGCCUCAUUCCUGUAGAUGGCAAAAGUGAUAGGGACCCAUUUUGCAUUCCAAGCAAGCCAACAAAGGCUGUGACUUUACUAAGUUUAGCUGACAUCAAGGAUGAUAAAGGUUGUGAUGCGGACGAUAGUGUUACAGAUUUGCCUGAACAAGAAAAGGGUUUGGCAAAUUCCAGAAUAGAUCCUGCUGUAACUGAAGGUUGCUUAAAGAAAGAAACUUUGAAUGAUAAGCCAGUAGAAGUCGCUGCCAAGCCAAAGAUGGUGUAUUUCUUUGAAAGAGGUGACUCGCUUAAUGAGGAUAGUAAAGAUGUGUCCAAAGCUGCCUCCUUAACUGAUCUAUCCAGUUUUGUCAGAGAUCAACGAUCUAUCGGCUUCAUUAAGCAGUCUUUGAAACGACCCUUGGAUGAUAGGGAUUCACUGUUGCCAAAUAAGCACAGAAGAACUGGAGAUGUUCUACAAUCAAACAGCCUGAAUGGCAGUAAACAGAAGACAGACCAAAACCAUAAAGAUUCAAGUCUCAACACCGGUACAACUCAACACCACAUAAAGGACAAGGUCACCCCAACAUCCAGUGGUGAUAUGCCUGAGUCUGCUGUCAGAUUAAAGGAAUGUGCUGAUUUGGUUGUUAAAUACUUGACACUGCAUUUUAAGGCUGGCCAGAUAGCAUCCAAGGAUCUUUUUAAGAAAACAGCCAAAAUAGUAUCCCAUCAUCUUGCAGAGAACACAAAAGGCCUGAUAAUCGAUAAAGUAAAAGAAUCUGCAAAACAGACAAUCAAGGCCAUGUUCAGUGGGCAGAAGAGGAUCAUGACAGAUGAAGACAUUCACAAUCUAAAGCUAUAAAUUCUGUGAUUAAAUUAGCAUACUAAAUUAUCAGAUUAAUAGAUGUUUUUUGUCAUAAGCUGUCAUGCAAAGAAUUGUUCUGCUUUUUAUACAUGCAUUGUUUGCAUUUGUGUUACUGUUCUAGUGUCAAAGAAAAAGAAUCGGCAUGAAAGGCUAAUUAAUUGCCUUUAUUAAUUUUGUGUGAUGGCAAAAAAUAACAGGCCCCGUGUUCACAAAACGAUUUUGCAAUCGAAAAUCGAUUUUAACUGACAUCGAUUUUCAUUUUUGCCUAUCAACUACAGUGGAAAUCUAUUUUCAAUGACAAGCAAAAUCGAUUUUCGAUUGCAAAAAAUGUUUUGUGAACACGGGGCCUGGUUUAACCAUUGUUUUAGAAAGUUAAUCAGUGACAAGUUUGUUAAUUGGUUCAGGUUCAACAUGUUUUUUUGUAUGCACAAUAAAGUUGUUGGCCUUA